CCCUAGGGUUCGCUCUGUGUCUGGCUGUGGCGGGGCCCCCCCGGCUGAAUUGCUGGUUCGUGGAGGAGGCCGGGGGGGGCAUGGGGGUGAUGCCGAGCUCCGUGACCCAGCGCCGGGCGCUGCUGCUGCUGCGGGGGGCGAGACGGGGGCACCCCGAGACGGAGCCCGAGCUGCCCCCCGACCUGGAGCCAGGCAUGGUUUUUGACAUCGCUGACCCUGCAGGGGCCCUGCACCGUGUCCCCCUCCCAGUAGGGGGGCGCCCCAAGGAGGGGGAGCUGCCGUCCUGUGAGAUCAACGCCUACACGCCACAGGAGGCCCACGUGCCCUGGGCGGCCGGCCUGACCCCCGAGCACCGCAGCCCCCUGGGCCUGGGGGGCCCCUGGUUCAUCAGCAGCAUCCAGGCCCCAGCCAGGGGCUACGGGAUCAGCGCUGUCCUCAAGAGCGAGGAGGCGGCAACGUCCCAGCAACCGGCAGUCACCAUGGCAACUGCGGUGUUGUCCGUGUUCUCCCGCACCCCGCACCUGCACUCCCGCCUGGGCCGGGACGUGCUGCUGGACUGUGGCUUCACGGCACCACCCGGCCCCUUCUCGGUGGAGUGGCGGUACCAGUACAGGGGUGCUGGGCGCGUGGUGCUGGCCUAUGAUGGGGUGUCAGGCCGGGCCCACGUAGCCGAGGAGGGGGCGCAGCUGUUCCUGGAGGAGGGGAGGGCAGGCGCAGACACCAACGUCUCUCUGCGACUGCCCCGGGUCGGGGUGCGGCACGAAGGAACCUACAUCUGCACCAUCUACCUGCCCCACCUCCACGCCCAGCAGGCCCUGGAGCUGCGCAUCACCGAGCCCCCCGUGGUGACACUGCGCCCUGACCCCCUAUCGGUGGCCCCCGGGGCACCAGCUGAGCUGGUCUGUGAGAUCUCUGGCUAUUACCCGUUGGACGUGACGGUGAGCUGGCUGCACCGGGGCCCCGGGGAGGCGGGGGGCAACCUGCUGGAGUACGUGACUGAGACCUGGGAGUCAGGGCACCGGCGUGGCCCCGACGGCACCUACAGCCUGAGCAGCUUCGCCCGCCUGGCGCCCGUCCAGCCCCGCGACCACGGAGCCACCUACAGCUGCCACGUGACCCACACCGCCCUGGCCACCCCUGCCAGGAGGAGCGUCCAGCUCCGCGUAGCAGGUGCCACGGGCCCCUCCCUGGAGGACGCAAUUGGGAUGUUCCUGGCUGCCUUCCUGCUCUAUGGGCUCUUCCGCCUCCUCGGAAACAAAGUCUGUCCAUCCGGCGCCGAAGAGAAAAGCAAGAAAUCAGAGUGAGACGUGCUCAGGGAAGCUGAGAUUUUGGGGGCUGAUCUGUGACCCCCAGAAUAAGAUUGUGAACCUCAGGACAGGAACCAGAGUUGGGGGGCUUAAUGGUCAAUAAAGGGUUAACUUCCUCUCCAGUCCCCCUGCCCUCCGCCUCCCCUGCUGCUUCCCCACCCCCUUUUGGCCUGGUCUGCCCACAGCACCCGCCUCCCCUUGGCCUGGUCUGCCCACAGCACCCGCCUCCCCUGCUGCCGGGGUCCCUCCGCCUGAGCCCCCCACCCCCACCUGUGCUCCC